CUAUCCGAGCAAACACUUCUCCGCGAAGCGCCAUGCGAACACCUGACAAGACAGAUAUAAUAAACAAGUAUUGUUUACGAUUUGUUUUCCCCGACCCCGAAGUGAAUAUCGGUCCGCUGCGGCUCGCUCACGUCCCCGCUUUCCCUAUGCUAUCCACGGCAUGGCAGAGAGACAGGACAACGAGGUGGAGGAGGCUGACCGGAUCUACCUGCUGAUGAAGGAGGAGUACCGGAUAUCUCGGAACGUGCGUCUGGCGUGGUUCCUUGGCAAACUUAACCAAGUCAUCUGGCCGGCAUCAAAGCCUGAACUGCUCAACUCGGAGAACGAAUUGGACUUGCUGAGCAUCUUACCCAAAGGAUGGCAGACGGACUUCUCCCCCACCAUGUACCCCUACAUGUUGGUGCCGUCCACCCGAGCCACCUUCCUGGCCCGGAGGUACCGCUUCAUCAUCGAGCUGGACCUCAGCCCCUCCACAGGGAUCGUGGACGACAGCACAGGAGAGAUGAUCUUCGACGAGGUGUUCCACGCCCUGUCCAGGUGUCUGGCCGGUCUGGCUCAGCCGUUCAAAGUCCCAGGAACCGAUCAACCGUUCAAGCCCAAGAUCUUCGUCACCAUCUUGGCGUAUUCGUCAAUCAUUGGCCUCACUUCCCAUCAGGUUCUGGUUCAGGGCUGUCAGCUUGAUAGGACGGACCUGGUGGAGUUCCUGCAUCACAUCUACCAGCAGCUCAGAGCGGUGGAGAGCAACAUCGCAGAAGUCUUACAUCAGCAGCACGAACAGUCUGUGGAGCCAGUCCAGAGCUCCAGUCUCCAUAGCAACAUCCUGGAUGACCAGCCCCACAGGAAGCAAGGUAUUUCCAUGGUGUCAGCUGAUAUGGGUCUGGUCAGCAUGGUGCGCCAGGGCAUCCUGGCCCUUCAGCUGCUGCCCCCGAACUCCAGCGCAGGUAUCAUAAUAAUCACAGAUGGAGUGACGAGUGUUCCUGAUGUGGCCGUGUGUGAAACCCUGCUGAACCAGCUCAGGAGUGGAACCAUUGCCUGCUCCUUUGUACAGGUUGGCGGUGCGUACUCCUACGACUGCAGCUUUGGCUACAUCCCCAACGUGGAGCUGAUGAAGUUCAUCUCGUUAGCCACCUUUGGCUCAUACCUGCCCACCUGUCCUGACGUGGAUCUGAACAGCCAGGGGAUGAACACUUACCACAAGGCCUUCUUAACCUACUCCUUCCUCAACACCCCUGAGUCCAUGAACUCCGAGUACUUCUGUGUUUCCCAGCACAAACUGUUCAAUGAGCACCUGGUGUCCGCCAGCGGGAACCCGGCCCUGGUCAUGAGGAGGAAGAAGCACACAGAGAAGGAAGUCCACGCUCAUUUAAUCAGCGUGGUGUCUGUGCGACUGAGAGAGGGCUACACCAUCAGAGAGAUCAGCCUCACCAAAGGUGGGAGCCAGCUGGAGGUGAAGCUGGUGCUGUUAUGGAAACACAACAUGCACAUCGAGUACCUGGCAGCCGCCUACUGGCCGCUGGACCCCGCCAAGAGAACCACCAGGGUGGAGGUGACGAUGGAGGGCAGCUACGACAUCCUGCAUGACAUCAGCUGCACCCAGAGGAAACCCAUCACCAGCCCGUACCGCACUUCUGUCAUCCGGCGCUUCUGGAACACACUGCAGAGCAUCAACCAGACGGAUCAGAUGUUGGUGCACCUCCAAUCAUUUAAUUCAAUCCCUGAGAACUACAUGAUUCCCGAGAGCACCAAAAACGGAGUUCCUCUGUUCUACAUCCCCCCCGGCUCCACCACUCCGGUUCUGUCCCUGCAGCACAGUGGAUCCAAAGACUCCUCUCAGUCCCAGUUUGCUUCCUAUUGGAAACCCAUCCUCUCCAUGGAUGCCAACUUCUGGCAGAGAUGGCUGCACAUGCAUCGCAUCGCCAUCCUCCUUGAACAUGACAUGCCGGUCCCCAAACAUCUGCAUACAGCUGGAAACAAUGGACGUUACAGCACCAUUCAGUGUCGUAUCUCCCACUCUGCCCUCACAUCGCUGCUGAGGGACUGGAGCAGCUUCGUGCUGGUGGAGGGAUACUCCUACGUCAAACUCAUAUACAGUUCGUCAGACCAGCCUCCCACCUCCUUCUAUCUGGUCCGCCUCAUCUCCAAGACCCCCUGUAUGGUUCUGCGUCUGGGCUUCCCCAUUGGUACACCAGCUCAUGUCAGAAAUAAGAUUGUAGACGAGCUGCGAGAUCAGAUCCUCAAACUUCGCUUCCCUCAACGUGUUCAGAACAAAGAGGCGACCCCCAAGACCAAGAGGAAGGUCGUGGGUCACCCGUCGCCAUCCAAGUCUCCCUCCAUCCCCGCUCCGAAACCGGCGCUGUCAGACAGGCCCUGCGUGGUGGUGUUAAACAAGCCUCUGGAGAAGCUGCUCAUAAGGUACGAGAAGCUGCCGCUGAAUUUCAGGACCCCUUUCAUUUUCAACAUGGAGAACUUCCCUCAGCCCUCCAACAGCUCUGUCCCCCUCAGCAUGGCGGCCAACCGGAUGGCCUCCUCCACCAUGGCCUCUCUGUCCCGCUACUUCCUGCACCAGCGCUGGGUGUGGGCCGUGCAGAGCAGCCAAGGAUCGGCCGUGUCCAUGCAGGCGGUCGCUCACAUCCUGUCCAUGCUCUCCGAGAUCCGCAUUUCAGAAGGAUUUCACUUUGCCGCCAGCGGAGAGGGCAUCGUAAACAUGGUGAUCGAGCUGCCGAUGAAGGGUGUGUCAGGGGACACAGACAGAGAGAGCCACUCUUGUAUUGUUCAGUACAUACUGUUUCCACCUCACUCUACAUCGACUAAGGACAGCUUCUCCACUGAUGACGACAACGACACCGAGGUGGAGGCCGUAGACAUGGACACGGAGCUCAACCUUGUGACAGAGUGCUGGGUGGAGCCGCAGAGCGGCAUCGUGAUGAACUGCAUGGACCAGCAUCGCCACUUCCAGGGCCUCAAGUACCAGGAGAUCCCCCAAGCAAUCUUCCCAAGAGACCUGGCCUGUAUGUCCACCAUGAUGACCUUCGAGCAUUUGAGCCAACUGUGUCAGAACAAAGACCAGGUCUGCUCCCUGCCAGCUGGACUCAAGGAUGUGAGAGGAGAAGCCCUGGCCUCUGAGGACAGCAUCCACAUGGUUCCCUUCCAGUUUGACCUCAUCCAGCUGCUACCAAAGUGCCAGCAGGUUGAGAUCUUCUUCCUCACAUUCGGCACAGCAGUGGAGAACGAGGAGCAGAUUCACAGCGCCCCCUGUCUGUCCAACGAGCUCCUGCUGGGUCUCUUCCACAGCAGCCUGGAGCACGAGCUCACCGACAGAGAGGUCCCGUUGGCCGCCGACGACCACGUCGCCUUCAUGCACCACGUCUUAGAGCGGGAGCGAGACGGCCACGCCGCACCUUUCUCCCUACCGGUUAUCAAAGAGGAGGGUCUGAAGCCUCCAGACCGACAGGACACCAUGACGUCAUUCCACACCACCGGCAGCAGCAAAGAGGUGAUGGGAUCUACCAGCACGUUACAGAGCUUCAGUAAUGCAGACCUUGUGGAUGAGGAGCCAUCGCUGGGGAGGAGCUGCUCCACUCCACAGUGGAGGUGCUAUGCCAAGUCCAUCAGCUCCCAGCAGAUCAUCCUCACCUUCCUCCCUGCAUCCUUCACAGACGUUCUGAUGCUGAUGGCGUCGGGGAUGGAGGCGCAGCCUCGGAGCAACGUCAGCACGCAGGACGACGACACCCUGACCCCCAGCAACAAAUCCCAGACGGACUCCCUGUCCGGCUCCAACAGCGGACCGGAGAGGUCUGAGUCCGGCCUCGGUCAGGUCGACAGGCUGAGGAUGAGCUUCAGCAACGGACACUUCACCCCCAGCUCCCCACGCCCCGAGGACCAGGACAGCAGAGUGUCGGAGACCGAGACUGGGACCACGGGCUCAGAUCUAGGAGGAGUCCAGUUCUCUGAACCACAGAAGGCAGAUUUCCACAUCGGCUUCAGCAGGCAGUCGUCCCAGCAGAGCACUGGUGACGGCAGCCAGUUAAAGUGUCCAGUCUACGUCUACAACUGCUCCCUGGAGCACCUGAAGGAGCAGCUGGUUCACCCCAACUCCAGCCACCAGCCCAGGGACGUCUUCUUCAGAGCUCAAGAUGCUGAGUCCUGGGAGAUGUGUCAGCAGAUGAAGUUCAGGCCCCUGUCCCAGGACCGCAGCAGCCCGUCCCCUUGGACCGACCUCCUGGCUCAGCCUCACAAACACAAGGAGCUGGCCCACUACUGCAGCCUGCUGCAGGAGCAUUACCACCAGAGCUACGUCAGAGGUGUGUACCGCAGCCUCCAACAGUCCUACAGCAUCAGCUCGCAGGACGUCCUGAUGGCUAUGGACUACUGUGAGGAAUCCCUGCAGGAGAUCGACGUCACCUCCUUCCUGCAGACCCUCUGUGGACACAUCAGGGUCUUCAGGGAGCAUGCCGGGACGCCAGGAUGGGGGGGCAAUCCAAAACCUUCGAGGAGCUUCAUCAUUGGAGAGGUGGAGGAGGAGCGACCAGACGACAGGGCUGCCAUGGCCUCCUCGUCCAGCAUUGACAUGGAGGAUGCCGGUGAACCUGAAUCCAGAGGGAAAUCCUCGGCUCCCACAUCUCCACUCAUCCUGGAGGAGUCCAAGACGGCCAAGAUCCCCGAGUUCCCUCUGCUGCUGCUUCAAACUCAGCCCAAGUGUGAAGUGUAUCCAGAUCUGCACGCCAUCAUACAGGAUAAAUUCAUGGGGAUCGUGUCCCAGUAUUUCAAAACUGUGCCCUCCAACCCACACUACUUCUUCUACUGCCCGCCUUCGUGCAAGAGAGAGGAGGACUCAGAGGACGGGGACAUGGGGAGGAGGCCCAGUGAGGAGCUGGUGUCAGAGGCUGAGCCGGCGACUGAGGACGAAAACUUGUCCGGCUGCUGCAUCAUGACGGAGAGCGACACCGACUUGGUGGUGGAGUACGAGGAGCACCACGGUGAGGGCGACGACCAGUCCCUGUCGGACUCCAACACGGUCAACCAGGACCAGGACUCCUUCAGCAUCCUGGAGGGGGACUCCCUGCUGGAGCCCGAGGGUCAGCAGCUGGACAUGCCGCCGCUGUUUGUUCAUGUCACCUGCUCCGUCAACAUGAAAAGCUGCCACGGCUCCAUGCCCAUACAGACGCUGCCCACCUGCCUCGGUGAGAUCAUCUCCUGCCUGGAGAAUGCCGAGGCCUUGCAGUCUGUGGAUCUGAAUGAGCUCUCGGUCACCCUGGAUAUUUUUGUCCUGACUCUUCCUCUGGAGAUCGAAGUCAUGGCGGAUUUCCAUCACAACCGGUACACCUCCGAGAGCAGUGUGUCCCUGAAUCGUUCACCAGGACAGCCCUCCUCCUAUCGCUCCGAUGAGGAGCUGAUGGCGGUGAUGGACAGUCUGAGGGGAGCCGGUGCUAACGGGGUCUCCAGUGAUCCCUUAUCCAAACUCCCACUUCCUCACAAGUUAGCCAUUCUGGCCACAAUGGACGAGAUCCGCUGGCUGCUGGAGGACGAGAUCGUCUCCUCUCUGCGUCACUCUCGGGUCAUCAGCUCGGCCGCGCUGCAGAAAGUGGCCGAGCACGUCCUGCGCUCCAGCGGGCGACCGCACUGCCACUGUGAGGACGUCCCGCUGCAGUUUGUCUUCGGGCCGGAGCAGUCGCUGGAGAGAUUCAGAGAGGAGUUCCGCCGGAUGUCUUUCUCUGGCUACGUGCUGAACGGAGAACAGGGCAGCUUCUACUACGUGUCCCUGAGCAGACUGCACCCCCACCGGAUCCACGCUGCCAAGAGGCUGUCGGAGAGCAGCGCGGCGCCCCCCCCACAGCAGAGCCCACCCUGCAGCGCCGCAGCACCGCUGGAGGACAUGGUGCUGGAGAGUGAAGCGGAGGCUCAGGCAGACAGCGAGAGUGAAGACAGGAAGUGCCUCGCCGCUGACGGUCCCAGUGACCCUGCUGGAGACGCCUCAAAGCCCGAGGCCGCCGGCGCGCUUUCCCAGAGCUCGCCGAGCAUGCUGGGGGACCACGGUCAGCCCUGUGCCCCCCGGCUCCACGCGGAGCGCUGCGCAGAUCCUACCUCGCCCCCCAAGACGCCGUCCAGUGUCAGCCUGGCCGAGUCCAUGCAGUCGGCCUCUCACAGCUGUGGCAAACUCCGGCCGAGUCGAGUCCAGAGUGUGGUCUCCAGCCAGGGCAGCCUGGACUCGGACAUGCAGGGCUAUGAUGGCGGCAGCAGCGACUCCGAGUGUGAGAGCCCCACCCUGGAUGAACAGGAGUGUCAGUCGCCUCUGAUGCCCGACUUCUGGCUGAUUGUCAAGAUCCACCAGGACAGAGUGAAGGUCUACUCCCAUUCCAGGUGCUUCACGGCAGGCAAAGAGGUCAGCGCUCAGGAGCUGGAGAAGAAGGAGGAGGAGCUGCCUGAAUACCUCCACCUCCAUCAGAUGGUGGUCAGGAGGAUCGGCGAAAUCUGCCGAAUCGUCAACCAGCGCAUGCUGCUGCAGGAUUUACACGACAGCCAUGUGUGUAACUCUCUGCUGGUGGCUGAGAGCGACGAAGACAUCUGGAAGAACGAGUCUCUCUACAGGCAGCGGAUCAACACCUCCGACGACUACAACACGGAGGAGAGCUACCAGGCCAGAGACUACCUGGCAGCCACCAUGCAGUUCAUCCCUGGGCAUUUUGCCUGCGACGUGGUGUGGAGCACAAUCAUCCACAUCCACCCCCGCCUCAAGAUGGGUCCCAACAUGGGCGUGUCCAGGGCGAUGCAGGCCCUGCGCUCGGUGCUCAACUCCUUCUGUGUGGUCAACAGGAAGAACAUGUUUGUCUACCAGGAGCGCACAACCAAAUCCGUCUACUACCUCAGACUUUGUGAAACGUCGCUGACGGGGAGAUACUCCGACGUGGAUGGAAACCUCCACAUGACUCGCUCCAUUGGGCUCGCUAGGAGUCAAGAGCCCUCGUUUUCUGACGAACUUAUGGGCUCCAGGUCUUCCCUGGAUGGCUCACGACCAGUUGGACAAGUAGACAAACACAUCCUGCUGCUGGUGCACGGCGUGGGAAACGCAGGUCCAGAGAUCACAGACGAGCUGCUCAAGGUGCUGCGUAAGCGCCUGGAUGAGACCACCUUGGACAUCAUCACUGUCAUGCUGGUCAGGAACUGCAAGCUGACACCGGCCGAUGUGGAGUUCAUCCAGCCCUCUGGAUCUCCAGCCACUGAGGUGAUGACCUUCGGCCUCCCCCGGUACUGCCUCCUUUGGCUGCCUGCUGUGGCACACUACCUCAGGCAGAACCUCCUCAUCUUCCUGCAUGUACCCAAGUACACCGACAGCAACACGGCGCACCACUUCAAGCACUACUUUCAUUUGAGCAGUGACUUGGCUGAUGGUGAUAUCUACCUCUACAAUAAACCUGGAGGCCAGGGGACGGGAGGCAAAGGUAUCGCCUGCAUCGCCCUCUCAUUCGUGGACGCCCGCGGCCGUCCCCUUCAGGUUCCGGCUCAGGACUGUGCUGCCCUGCAGAGGUCAGAGAACUGCACGAUCCCCCUCCAUCCAGACCAUUUCGAUGAGCUGACCGCCGUGGGUAAAGCCCACUCCGUUGACAUCCUCUCAGAGCCACAGCUGUAUGUGCGGUUUGACAUCUGGGAGCAGGGCAACGUCAGCCCCUUGCAGCUGAGCGACAAACUGCAGGGGGCGCUGCGCCACGCUCUCUGUGACGUCGUCAUGGAGCUGAGAGUCUUGCCCAACCCUCUCUGCGUGGGGGCGCUCUGCCCGGCGAGCAAAGCUCAGAGAGAAGAGGCCAAAGGACUGGCGACUCCUCUGGCUGAGGUGAAAGAAGUGAAGGACGGCCCCAGGCAGCGCAGUGGCUCGCGGGUUUUUAAGACCAGCCCCUCCCCCAUCACCUUAACCCAGGCUGUAGGGAGCGCCCCCAUCACGGGGACCAGCACACCCGAGUCCACCACACCCACCAGCAAGAGCACCCGCCGCAGCUUCUGGGACAUACUGAGUAAGCCAGAUUCCUCUGAGCUUGGGAGCCCGAAGACAACCGACGACAUCGUGCAGGAAAAGGGAGAGGAGGGCCGAGUAACACGACGGAGACACAAGACGGAGAUCGUGAAGCAGCAGUGGAGCCAGGAGAAAGCCAUGGCUGUGGAGCUGGAGCAGGCCCAGAGGAGGCAGGUGUCUCAGCUGGAGGAGGGAGACGUGGGCACUCUGCACCCCGUCUACCAGCUCACCUGCCAGCCGUGGAUCACUUUCAUGGCUAAACUUGGCUGCCCCUCCAUUCAGCAGUGCACGGCGGAAAUGGCUUCGCACUUCCUGCUGCCGUCCAUCUUGGCAGAGAUGGUCAGUUUGGUCAGUGCUCUGGCCAGCGACACGACAGUGAAGGCCUUCGAAAAGACAACCUGCCCUGCAUCUGGAGACAUAUUUGUCCCGUUCCCUCUCGCCCACAACCUCAGCCAGCCUCCAGACGCCACGAGGAGCUUCAUUCUCAUUGGCCGCAACUUCCAUCAGUGGCACUGCAGCACAGAGCCAGAAGACAGCUCAGAGGAGGAAAGCACCCCAGGGCUAAAUAGGUUCACACCUCAUAAGGGCUUCCAGCGCUUCGAGUCUCUGGAGCAGAGCGACUGGUUCAGUCCGAGCCAGGCCGGGGAGGGACUGGCUCCCCGCCAGAGGUUCCUCUUCAUCAGCAUCCAGGACAAGAAGGUGACGCUGUACAGCUACAACUGGUCCGUGGACCUGGGUGCCUCUCUGAACCGGGAGCUGGUCCGCCUCGUCAAGUGGCAGAACGCCAGGGCUCACGUCGUCCACUGCCUGCUCAACCAGAAGAUGGGGCUCUUCCAUCACCACUGCUUCUCUGACGCGCCCAUCCACGAAAUGGACUCCAAGCAGGACCCCAACCCGUUCCUGAGCCCCUCCAUGGAGCCUGAUGCGUUGCUGCGUAGCGCUGUGCCUCCUCUGCCCAGUAAAGAGCAGGGCAGGCUGGGCAGCUCUGGCCGAAGUCUCGCCCCGCUCCACUUCCCCUCCGAGCUGCUGCCCUUUGACGAGGCUCUGAGGGACGUGUGCACCAUCCGGCCCUUGACGGAGGGGGACGUGGUGGCCCGACAUGGCGGCCAGCUCUUGGAGAUCAAAGUUGCUGAGCGGAGAGAACUGGAGAAACAGAUGAAGAUAGAGAACCUGUUUGUGACGUGGCAGCAGAGGUCAGCACAGUCCAACAUGCCCAUUUCAGGGACAGAUUUGGAGACCCUGAAGCGGUCGGCCAGGCUGGUCCACUACUGUGCCACCCCUCUCCUCUUCGACCCCGUCUUCCGCAAGCAGAUCCAAGAGGAGCAGAUCGCUCAGCCUCCAGUGAAGAAGCGCCAUCGCUCCAGCGACUCCACGGCGUCCAGUCGGGACCGGAGCUACAGCACCGACUCGGCCGACAUGCUGCCCAGCCGUCUGAAAGAAGAACCCUGGCUGCUGGAGAUUUCUAGCACCUUCCUCCAGCAGUACGUCCAGUACCUGCAGAGCAUGGGCUUCAUUCUGGUGCAGGUCCGGCCUCAGUCUCCUGCUCGCAGCAUCGCCCGGGCUCGUGCUGCCAUGCUGAGCUCCAUGUCAUCGGAAGGGAGGAUGUCUUUUUCUUAUGUAAAGCAGAAGAGCGAGGACAGCCCUAAGAUUGCAGCAUCAGGCACCACCGCAUAUCACCUCCAGAGGGCGCUGCCAGGGGGCAUUGUGUUAAUGGAACUGGCUUUUCAGGUGAGAUCGGGAUUGCGAAGGGCACUCAGAACCACCGAGCUCACUGACGUGUUGGCCAACACCCCAAAGGGGUGUUACUUCUGUGUGAAGCAGUAUGCACUGGAGUGUUCCCGCAUUCCCAUGGGCCAGACGGUCAACUCCCAGGGCAGCCUCCUCACCAAACCUCGUUGCAAGCCGUUUCCAGAUGCCACCCCAGUAUCUGACUGUGCGCUCUCCAUGCUCUUCACCGAGGAGUGCGACAAGGUGCGGGACCUGAUGCACGUUCACUCCUUCAGCUACGACUUCCACCUGCGAGUGGUUCACCAGUACCUGUUCGGCUGCCACAUGACGCUGCGCCAGGGCUACCAGCUCACCGACUUCCUGGACGACUUCAUCUCCCAUCACCCAGACAUUCCCAAGUUUGGCCGCAACCACGUCUUCCAAGGGAGCUUCUCCAUCUCCACGGGGAUGAUAACGGCUCAUCAGCUCUACAACUACAUCACUGACCACGCCAGCACCUACGGCAUGAAGCCGCUCCGCAUGUCCAAGGCUGCCGUCGCCUCUGACAACAAGAAAGGGACGCCUGACCUGCACGAGUAUGCACUAGUGGCUCUGUGGAACAGUUCGGGUUCCUACAAGGAUCUGGAGGGCCUGCACCACCAUGAUGACUUUGACGUGUCCCUGGUGGUCUGCCAUAAUGCUGCUCCAUUUGAGGAACAGUCCGAUGGGGAGAGGCAUUUGUUGAGGUUGCGGUUCUAUGUGAUCAUGACCAGUCAGAGGGAGCUCUUCCCCCGCCUCACGGCUGACAUGCGCCGCUUCAAGAAGCUCCCUCAGAUCCACCGUGACCCUGGGGAGCUGAGUGGACGGGCCCCCCCGGAUCGGGCAGAGGCCUGCGGGUCACGCGGUGCCGAGCAGGACCUCUGGGAGGAAACGUUGCCCGAAGCCGCAGCCUCCUUGGCCCCGAGCGACGGCAAUGAGUUUUACCCUCUGGCGGGGGGUGGCCGGGAGAACCAGGGGCUGCUCUACCCCUCCCCUCUGUUCCCCCUGCUCAACAACGAGGUGGUGUCGGCCCGCAGACAGAUCCAGGCCAGCGUGGAGCAGGCCAUGGGUCACUGCCGCAGGGACAACCUGUGGAGGAGGCUGUUCCACGGGGAGCACCUGGACAAGCUGAAGCUGACCAAGCUGUCGUUCAGCGAGCUGGAGGAGCUGCUGGAGGCCGUGCAGAGCUGCUCGGUGGGGGAGAUCGACCCACAACUGGACUGCUUCCUGACCAUGAGUCCAGCCUGGUACCAGAGCCUGGUCAAGGUCCUACUGAACCGCUUCCCUCAGAGCUGCAGACACUUUGACGACAACGGCAUCCAGUAUCUGGCUGUUCUGAACCAGAAGUUCACUGACUGCUUUGUUUUGGUCUUUCUGGAUGCGCAGGCUGGAAAAACAAGCCUAAAGGUCGUGUUUCGGGAGCCGCUACCGUCCCAGCAGCCGGCCGGCAGCAGCCCUCCCCCCCAGCUGGUGUCCAUGUACCACCACCUGGAGUCCGUCAUCAACACCGCCUGCUAUAACCUCUGGACGGGACUGUUGUAGAGCAGAUCAGAGCUGGACUUCAGCUCAUGGUCCCCACUGAAGUAUGGAAACGGGAAGCAGCAGUUGGGUUGAGUUCAUGUGGGGGAAAUCCUCUGCCAGUAUGUUCUCCCAGCAGCUACGUGGAGCUCAGUUCUACUUUACCACCAUGCAUCAGCAUUGAGAAAAGCAUCAGACAGACCGAGGUUGCUACUGUGUUCAUGUCAGUGCCAACGUCAGAAACCUAAACCGAGACCCAAACCAGUCGGGAAAAAUCUGAUUAAAAGUAAAUGAACCGGUGCGCAUAAACCUCCAUGAGCUAGUUCGGUAUCAGCCUUAAUCCUUGUGAUAUACUUGCUUUUAACUACACAUUCAAGUGCAUGUGAUGACCAGCCCGUGUAUCCUGUGCUCCUACCGGUCCACAAGAGGGAUUCAAACCCAUGGAGGAUGGUAUGUUAUAAGGGACAGUGUCUGUGAUUUGAUGGCAUCAUCCAGUGUCACUCUGAUCUGCAUCACAGUGGAUGCACCUUUAAAUCCUCCAGGUUCACAGCAUGAGCAGUGCUACUCCCAAUGCAGCUGGGAGUUAAGUACACGCUUUGUUAAAAAGCAAGUAUAUGGCAGCUUAUGGUUUCUCUCGAUACUGUGGAGUGGAGCUCACACUGGACGUUGGCCCACGUUUUGUCCAUUGACGGUCCCAAUAGCGUUAAUUCAACGUAGACCCCAAGGCUGAAACUGCACCCUGAUUCUAUUUAGUCAUUUGCCACUUUUGAUUGGCUGACUAAAGACGCAGCUCGUGUUAUGAAACCCAAAUCAAGAUGUUCCCUUGUAGUGAUUUGGACCCGCAACUGAGAGGGUCUACGGUGUCUGGACCCGGACACCCUGAUGGGUCGGGUCCUCAGGGUCGUCAGGGACGAGGUCCGUCUGAAGAACCGUUCACUGAUUGUCUGUGACCAUUCUAAAAGUAGAUGAGCCGUAUCCACGUCUCUGAUGUCAUGAGCAGAGUUCUCCCAUGUCCUGGAGUCCUAGAGUCCUGGUGACGUGACUGAGGGAACCCUUUACGUGUUUUGACAGUAGAGAAGACACUGCUGACUUCCUUUGUGCUCAUCUUUAACAGAACUACCCUGUCAGCAUUUCAGAUUCACGUCGUUUGCACCCAACAAUGAAGCCUUCUGCACAAGCUUCAUCCUCCACAGCGUCGUUCCUUACCUUGGAUGGUGUGCCUUUUGACUAUCUGUAGCUCUUCAUGCCACAGCAGUGUUGUAUGUGUGAGGCAGCUGGGACGGCUUUAAUGUUCCAAGUGGCAAACCUCUUACCCCACUUGAACGCCACUGCCAUGCCUGGUGCCCUGAAGUGCCUUUCUUUCACUCUUUUUUUUUUAUACCCCCAAAACUAUGAAGCUGUUGUCAUAACAUGAGCUCAGCAUAGAAGGUAUCAGUGAAGUCAGUUUGCAGAAACAUGGCGAAAACAUGUUGUAUUAACUCUGCUGAUUUGCAUAAUAGCGUGCAACAUGUCACCAGAGUGUUUACAGAGCAUGUUCAGGGUGAUGAGUUUGAGGUUGUGAUGUAUAUUCUGGAAGGCUGCUGGCUGGUUGACAAGAGGGCAUGAAGCCAGCCUGACGGAGGCGUGGUUCCCCCAGUACCCUCCUAACCCUUACCCAGCAGCCCCGGGGUUUCUGCAUAUUUUCACUGGAAGGAAGCACAUGUUUGAGCUCACUUGUGGACGUGAAAUGGAGGAAUGUGGAGACCUCGGUCUGAAUGUUAAACACUGGAUAUGCAUAACUGUAACGAGUUAGCCCUCAGCGUUUUGUAAUAUAAACACUGCACUGUAUAAUGUAUAUUAUGUACAUACCAAACACUUUAUACAGUAUGUGAAAUGCUAAAUAAAGCAGUAGGAUGAAUGAGAA